AAAUCGACGAAUGGAAACAUUAAACUUAUUCGACGGAACGCCAUCUACACGCGAAACUAGCAGUCACGUACGGAAUGUUUGACAUUACGAAAGAAAAAAAAACUUGUUUAUCGUAACAAGCUACGUCGGUUGUGUGUGUUUUUAAAAACCUAUUUUUUACGUUUACUUUUAAAUAAUAAGUUUUCUAUUUUAAAUGAUUGCCAUUUGCACCAUUAACAUAGUCUUUUGACCCGAAUGCACCGCCUCUAUAAAAUGAACGCGAAACGUACAAAUAACCUCACCAAUAACAAUCAACAACAAAUCGACACCAAUGGCCUCAAGACAAUACUGUCCAACAAUGCCGAAAAUGACGAUCCGCAUCCGAAUAUUAUCAGCAACUGUAUCAAUGCCACCGAACUAAAUCUUGAUCUCUUGCCAAAAAAGUCGAAAAAUAAUUGUCGACAGAACACAGAUCGUAAAAAUGUUGUUGUUGAUAGAUCAAUCGAUCGGAAUAAGGCAAGGGAACACAUUGCGGAACAACAGCGAAAACGAUUGUUGGAGAAAAAGACUGCUGCACCGGAUGUGCAAAAAGACGAAAUCAAAAAGAGACUUGCUGCAUUACAUGCGAAUUCACUGAAAAUAGUGAAGAAAAACGUAGCGAAGAAGCAGAAAGAUCUGUGUGCUACAUUGGUCGAUACAACAGAAACGGCUGAUAAAGCUCGAGGCACAUCGGAAACUGUGAAGACUGCGACAAUCGAAAAUAAAUUAGCGACUCCAACCCGACCGAAAGGAUGUAACCUUCAAACGAUUAUUGAAGCUCAAAACACAGAGCCAGCCAUUGAUGCCACACCGAGCAAACGUGGAAUUUUGCGACGUAAAGAACUUUUCGAUGGUCCGCCUACCACGCAUUCUCCGACUCGUUUGGACAAAUCGUUUAUAAAUUCACUACUUCAAACCGUCAAACAACGACAAUCCGAACGUCAUGAAACCGUUGACAACAAACCCUGCGAUGCUACUCCUCCACGUGAUGAUGGAAAAAUGGAAUUACGCGUGCCACAAAGUGAACUGAAAUCCAGUGUUCUAAGCAAAAGUUCAUCGAAAUCCCGUAGCAGAUCGUGGGAUCCGAUGCGUUCGUCAAAUUCAUCAAGCAGACGAUCUGGCACCAUCCGAACUCGUAACGAUAGUAAGCGAAGCAUUCCAUUUUGGUUGAAACCUACGUCCACACAGACGUAUCCCUACAAUUUCAUCAUGGCAGUGCGGAAGAAAUUGGAGUCAGUUACGCAGCCAGUGCUUGUAGAUCCGCCGCCCAAAUUUCCAUUGGAGACACCACUCGCACGCCCCAAGAACUCUCGUAAUUUACAUGCAUCGAACUUCCGACAAAAUUUGGAAAAAGCAGAAGAAACCAGUGUGGCACAUGAGUCCUCCAAGGUUUUGAUCAGCAUGAUAGACUCAAUUCCAGCAAUAAAGUCUGGUAACAGAAAGCCGGAUGAGAAGAUAGAAGUAGAUAGAACCCGCGACAAUGAAAUUUAUCAGCCAUCGAAACCUGUCAGUGGAUCGGAAGAGCUAUCAACCAAUUUUUCGUCCAUUUCAUUGCACAUUACUGAUCGAAAUACAAUGUCUGAACUGAGCUCGAUCCGAUCUGAACAGCCGAAUCACACAAUUAAUCCUUCGAAAAUAUCUCAGCAUUUCGACGCCGUAAGUGAUGGAGACGAUACUACCAUUUCAUCGGCAAUAUUAUCACAGCACAGUCCGGAGAAACGAUCUAGACCGCGAAAUUUCGUCGCUGUUCCAUUAUCCACUAAUGGUAUAAAGGACCUUAAGAUAUGUUCAUCAAAUGCCAGUUCGACUCCUCAUCGGACAAAGGAAACGUCGCAGUUUCAUCCAUUUGUAAACACCCUGCGCGGUGACUGUUCGAUUAAUGAAACGACAAACAAUAUGGAUCAACGGAGUAUGAUGGAAAUGUUCGAGACGUUUAGCAAGAACUUGUCGCAAGUCAUUUCGGUUAACGAACGUUUGCAUACAGCCCUCUCCACAUCGGUUCGUAAUCCCGAUCCGUCAGUGCAAAAAAGUGAUGUUAGUGAAAUGAAAACUUUGCUACAAUUCGAUGGAAGCGAUUCACCACAACAACAACAACAACGGCAGCAACAAACCGAUAGUGAACCCAUUUACACCACUUCAUUCGAGGCCACCAACGAAGAAAGUAUCAACGAAAUCGAGGGCAUAAAUUCUCAAUCGAAAACACAGACUGAUUUAUCAUCGAAGCACAACGAAGAGAAUGCAGAAACAGUAAAUGAUCAUUCCGUAACACAAACCGUUUCUGAACAAAAGACUGGAAAUGUUGUGGUCACCACAACCAUUGAUACUCAAACUGUAACAAGUCAAAAGACACACAUUUUGAGUAACGUACCAACCGAUUCUGUCCGAAACAUCGAUCCAGAAUUUCGACGAUAUUCCACGGCGAGUUCCAUUAUUGGCAGCGAUAUCUUUGCCGUUUUUAGUCCGGAUGACGAGAAUUCUCUGCAAGCAGCUAAUCACAGUGUUUCCUGCGAUGAUAGUUUCAACUAUUCCAGCAUUGGCAUGAUUGAUCAGCUAAUCAACACCGAAAAGCAGAAGAGCGAACAUCUGUCGAAAUUGAUGAAAAUACGAGAGAAAUCGCUCAUCGAUCGUACAAAAGGCCAAAUCGCCUGGCUGGAAUUGCAGAAACAAAAAUAUAAAGAGAAAGGACUGACUGAUCGGAUUUCUGCUGUGAAGAAGAAGCAAAGAGCCUUGCUCAUGCAUAUGGCUGCAGAACGUUCCAACAUAGUUAGAUUGAACAAGCUGCAACAGUCACCCAAGUCUCAGCGUUCAUCAUCGAAGUUUAAAUUUCACAAUUUUUCCGCAGCGGAAGUGAAUGUUCGGCGACCGAGUGCCGGCAAUGAAUUAAAUAACAUUUCUCAACGAUCAGCAGCAUUCCGUGCCUAUGAGAUCAAUGGUACCGUAGGACUUGAAGAAAUUCUUCGAAAACGCGAAGCUGAACUGCAAAAACGCCGAAAUUAUGUCGAACAUUUGGUUCAAUGGCAUCAACGACUCAAUCGCGAAGAGGAUGAUUUAUUGCAAAUGGAACGAAUGCUCAUGGCUUACACUGCAGCCGAUAAACCAGCUCAUUCGAAUCGGCAAUUCAGUGACAAGUCACCACCCAAGUCGCCUCGUAAAGUUCCACAAGAAAUGAAGAAAAUCAAAAAUAUCGAGAAGAGUUUGCAGAUGUUGCAAAACAUGUCGUCCACCAGUGUGACAACUAAUGGCGAAGAAAUUGAGGACAUUGUCGAAGCGUCCGGCAAGCGAUUGAAUAAGCUUUGGCAUCGAUUGACCGGCGAGGAAUCGGAUAGGUUCAUACCUGCUCAGCACUACAAAUUGAACAAGUUUGACUUGGAAAAGAUGUACGAAGACGCCAAGAAUUUGGUUGUGGUGAAAUUUACGAAAAAUAAGAACAUUGGACCGCUGAACGAUUUGUCUCUAUCCGCAUCUGUUCUGCUACAAGCAUCGACCGAACAAAUCAGCGUCUUACAAGACGACAGUAACGUGAUCCGCAUGGAAAAUGAUGAGCUGAGCCAAAGCUCUGUCAUACCGUCUUUGGAUUUGAAUUUUUCACAAGAGUCGAAAACGAACUCGGUUAUUGACACGAAUGUGGAAGUCACGGAAGGAAACGACAAUUACUAUUUUAGUGACGCGAAAUCGCCUAAUGCAUCGAAAGAAGACAAACCAAAAUCACCGAUCACAAUCAACGAUGAGAAACGUUCAACUGAAUCGGAUCAAGACAACACUCAAGCCGACAUCUUUUCGUUGGACAAUUCUCUAUCAGAAAAUUCCUUUACCGAGAACAUUGACGAGAUAACUUUUCCGCAUUUGAAGGAUGUUACUUCACUCGAACAAUCCAUUCUAACUGACACCAGCGACAACAACAACAGUGUCAACGAUUCGAUCAACACAAUAGCCCAAGCAACAUCACCCAGCGACGCUAUUAUCUCCGCUGAUAACGCGAUGGCAAAGGAAUUUAACGAUAACAAAUUAUCGGAUGAAUGCCAACUAGAUAACACGACUGAUAAGUCGUUACAAUCAAAAAAUUCAUCGCCCGAUGAUGAAUCGAAAAGUGUUACAAAAAGUAAUCAAAUGUUGUCUGGCAGUGAACCAAUUGAACAGGUUAUUGUCGAAAGCAGUGACAAUGCAAGCAGCAGCAACGAGGUAAAAUCCAUUGGCUUGGAACAACGAUUAAUCGAUUUGGAUGACAGUUUGAAAGAUUUGAGUGAAGCCAUUGACCGGGCACCGGUGAUGGACGUUAAUUAUGCCGAAGAUAUUGGUACUAACGGCCAUCGGCUAUCCGGCGAUGACGACAAAAAUGACUACAACGAAGUUAAAAUGGUGAGAAACAAGAACAUCAACGAAUCGUUUCCCACUUCAGACAUGAUAAGUGCUGGAAAACACGACGACUUGUACCAUGGAUCCGGUAAAAGUACAUCACUGAUCCGGGACUACGUGAGUCCAGCCAGUGAACUUAAAAUGCCGGAUAUCAUUAGUGAAGCCGAAGUUCUACGACGUCAACAGUUGAACAUCGAACAAGAGAUAAAACAUCUCGAUCAAUCCGUCCCUGCUGUGGUAAUUUCGCGUGAAAUACCCAACAAACCACCACCACCAUACGUGCCACCCGCUCAUGGCAGUCCAAUGAACACAAUUCAUCCGACUGAAGAACGAAUCAAAGACAUAGUCUACCGUCGCAUUGGUGAACUGUACAAUACAAUCUCAGACCCAACAACCGUAACCGAUAAAUCUCAAUCAAUACUCUCUGAAAACAUUACCAAUAUCUACGAACGAAUCAUCCUGGACGUAUGCAAGGAAUGCAUCACGGAACUGGACAUCGAUCCGUCCACGAUAAAUUCAAACAUGAAAUUCAAACAACAGUUAGCCUUCUACAAUCCACCCAAUCGAUUGGAAUAUGUGCAAGAGUUUGCACUGAAAAAAGUCAAUAAACUUUUGGAUCCGAACGGUUCGUGUGUGGGACCGGCAACACAGACGGGUGGUGCCUGCGCGAAACGGAAACGUGAUGUGGUGGAUGACAUGCUUGUUAUGGAAAUGAUCGAGGACGAGUCGAAAUGGAGUAAUUUUGAUUUGGAGGAGAAGGAAGUCAUUGAGAAUAUUGUGGAGCAGAUCGUGUUACUGGUUGUGAAUGAAGCUGUUGACGAUGCGGCGAUUUGGCGACCAUCAAAAACAAGUGUACUUAAGAAUGUUGAGUGAAAUUAAUCAAAUUAAAUCUUUUUUUU